AUACCGUGUUCACAAUUGCAUAGUACAAAUACUGUGUUUUUCUCUGCACAUCCAUGUGAGAAACAGAAGAAGAAAGCGAAAUUAUAAAGUACAGUGUACGAUGAAAACUAGUGAGAAAUUCAUAGUUCUCCACCCUUCGAUUCAUAAGCCAAGCGGCGGAGGUGGUGGAUCUGCAGUUCCACCACUGUUUCACCGUACUUGGCUUCUGGCUUUUAUGCUUUUUUUUACUGUUACUUUCGCUUUCACUCUCAUAACCACCAGGGACGCCGUCAGAACCUCCGCCGGUGCAACCACCACUACCAAAUCUGUGCUACCCAGGCCCAUCUUUGACGCGCUUGUGCACUAUGCUUCCACCAACACCACUUCCUUCUCCGGCCGCAUGUCGUCAGCUGAACUGAAAUACGUUGCCGCCGUCCUCCGCCGCUGUGCUGCGCCUUGUAACUUGCUUGUUUUUGGGAUCACCCAUGAAACCCUUCUCUGGAACUCUCUGAACCACAAUGGCCAUACGGUUUUUAUUGAUGAAAGCUCGUACUCAGUCUCCAAGCUCGAAGAAAAGCAACCGGGAAUCGAAGCUUACGACGUGCAGUUCACCACCAAAGUAAGAGAAUUAUACGAUCUAAUAGAGCAUUACAAAGAACAAAUGAAAAAUGAAUGCCGCCCGGUGCAGAAUCUGUUAUUUUCAGAUUGCAAAUUGGCGAUAAAUGAUUUGCCAAAUCACAUAUACGACGUCGCAUGGGACGUGAUUCUGAUAGAUGGUCCUCGUGGCUACUUUCCGGCGGCUCCUGGGAGGAUGGCGGCGAUAUUUACUGCCGGAGUUUUGGCUAGAAGUAAAAGGGGCGGCGCCGCCCAUACCCAUGUGUUUGUGCAUGAAAUUUACAGAGAAGUGGAGAAAUUGUGCAGUGAUGAAUUUCUCUGCCGGGAAAAUUUGUUGGAGACUAAAGAUUUUUUGGGCCAUUUUGUGGUGGAAAAAAUGGAUGCUAAUAGCUUUGAGUUUUGUCCCAAUUCUGGUUCAUCUUCUUCUCCUGAAUCAAAUUCAGCGAAUUGAGAAGAUUAAGGAAGAACAUGGCUAAGUAACUGUAAUUAUUGUUUUUUUCUUUUAUGUUUUUGUUUCAAAUUCAAAAUAUACAUUGCCCUGCAAAUGUGUAAUUUACAUGGAUUUUCAGCUGCUAAUUAAAUAUUAAAGGAGUUAUUAUCUAAUUAGAUUUUGGCC